GCGGUGCCCGGGGGAGGCGGCGGCACUGCGCGGCCGCCGCCAUGUUCCGCUGUGGAGAGGAGAUCAUAAGUGGGGAGAGCGAGGAGGAAAGUAAUGGCAUCAACUUGAUGGAGUUCUCAGAUGAGAUCCUUUUGCACAUCCUCAGCUAUGUCCCUUGCACAGACCUUGUCCUGAACGUCAGGAGAACCUGCAGGAAACUCGCAAUGCUUUGCCUUGACAAGAGUCUAACCCAUACUGUUUUACUUCAGAAAGACUAUAAGGUAAACAAAGACAAAGUGAAGCAACUGAUGAGGGAUAUCGGAAAAGAGAUUUACCAGCUGAACAUGGCUGGGUGCUAUUGGCUGCCCAGCUCCACUAUUGAUCACGUAACACGAUGCAAGAACCUGGUAAAACUGAACUUGUCUGGGUGCCACAUCACCUCCCUCCGUCUCUCAAAGAUGCUGUCCACGCUCCAGCACCUGCGCUCCCUGGCGAUAGAUGUAAAUCCGGGUUUCGAUGCCAGUCGGCUAAGCAGUGAGUGUAAAGCCACUCUUAGCCGUGUCUUGGAAUUGAAGCAAACCCUUUACACGCCGUCAUAUGGUGUCGUUCCAUGCUGCACUAGCCUUGAGAAACUGCUGCUUUAUUUUGAGAUCCUUGAUCGCUCGCGAGAAGGUUUUAUGCUCUCUGGGCAGCUAAUGGUAGGUGAGAGCAAUGUGCCCCAUUACCAGAACCUCCGCGUCUUCUAUGCCAGGCUGGCUCCUGGCUAUGUUAAUCAGGAGGUGGUGAGGCUGUACUUGGCGGUGCUAAGUGAUCGGACACCUGAGAACCUUCAUGCCUUCCUUAUUUCUGCCCCCGGUAGCUUUGCGGAGACGGGAGCCACUAAAAACCUCCUGGACUCUAUGGCUCGAAACGUACGUCUGGAUGCUUUACAAUUGCCCAAAGCCUGGAUUAAUGGCUCUGGGCUUCUGCAACACUUGAAGUUCAACAACCCUUUCUACUUCAGCUUUAGCCGAUGCACCUUAUCUGGUGGUCACCUCAUCCAGAGGGUUAUUAAUGGUGGGAAGGAUCUUAAAAGCUUGACCAGUUUGAAUCUCAGUGGCUGCGUUCACUGUCUGGCUCCGGAGUCCUUGUUCCGAAAAGCGGAAGAUGACAUUGACAGCAGCAUUCUGGAAAGCCUGGUAGUGUCUUGCUGCAACCUGAGACAUCUCAACCUCUCUGCAGCUCACCAUCACAGCUCAGAAAGCAUAGGGAAUCACUUGUGCCAGCUUCUGUCCAGGCUAAAGCACCUGCUCUCCUUAGCGCUACCGGUUUGCUCCAUCACAGAUAUUGCUGCGAAUGUGGAAAAGCCUCCCAUGGCGUCUAAUUUGGUGCCCCAGACAUUUGGAAGGAAAGUUCGGAUUGGGAUACAGACAUAUCCGAGGAACUUAGCAGACCAGGCAAAUCAGAAGAUAGAGUCUUCAGUAUUCUGGGCUCUGAUGGGAAGCCUCCGAUUUUUGGAAACCUUGGAAAUAAUUGGGUCCAGUUUUUCCUCUGCCAUGCCCCGCAACGAGCCAGCAAUUCGGAACUCGUUGCCUCCUUGUGUCCGGGCACAAAGCGUGGGGGAUUCAGAGGUGGCUGCCAUUAGCCAAUUGACUUACUUGCAGAGCCUCACCUUAGCACAACUGCCAAAUAUUCUUACUGGCUCUGGGCUUAUUAACAUUGGAUUGCAGUGCCAGCACUUGCGGACUCUUUCGUUGGCCAACCUGGGCAUGAUGGGGAAAGUGGUCUAUAUGUCUGCUCUCAUGGACAUGCUGAAACACUGCAAGUGUUUGAGAGAUCUCAGGCUGGAACAGCCGUACUUCUGUGCGGGCGCCCAGUUCUUCCAGGCACUGAGUCAUUGCUCCUCUCUCCAGCGGCUUUGCAUCGUCUCCCGAAGUGGGACUCUGCAGUCUGACGCAGUGAUGUCAUUCAUGGCCAACUGCCUUGAGGUCAUCAUGUGCCACAUGUUUAUGGGAGAAUCUCUUACCGUUUGCAAAAAUCUCCAGCAAUCUAUUGUCCGGAGUUUCCAGGCGGACCGCCCUGCAUUAAAUGUCGUCAUUUUCCCUCUGCUUCAUGAGGACUUGACAGAGGUCAUCAGAGGUCCCAUGCGCCACUUGGAUGAAAUUACCUUGUUUAAAAGCAGAGUGGCCGAGGAACCUCCCAACUUGUGGUGGUGACUGUCAUGGCAUGGAAAGGACAGUCAGCGUGAACACAUGAAAUAGCUUCUUGUUGGCCUAGAUUCCCCAUCUUCAGCUCCUGGCCACCUCACUGGAUGCUGUACAAUCACUUUAAAUAGGUGCAAUUGCAAAAUAAAAAAAAGCUGGUCCUUUGCAGUGGGGAAACAUCUAUUGGAUAUUGCUUGCAUCUGAAAAUCGUGUCUAAAAGGCUUCUGGAAUCUGAUGAGUAUUUCCUUGCGGUUAAUAUGAAUUGUUUUGUUAUUUUACUGAAGUUAAAGGUAAGAGAAACUGACUUAACGAUGCUCUUUCCCCUGUGUCGCCUGGUGUAUUUCCUAAGGGCUCCUGUGUACUUUGGCAGUGUGCUUUGUGAUAUUGGUGGAAAUCAUUCUUUGCUUCAGCCUAUUUUUGGCAAAGUAGAAAGCCUAAGCCAGCUAAGAGGCACAAAAAUGUGUUGCUCAAUUGAAGUGCAUCACAUCUUUUCUAUGUUACAAAUAUGCAUUUGUAGUCACACACACACAAUCACAGAUAUUUAAAGGAUUUUUUUUUGAUUGAGAAGUACCACAAGGACUCUUUUUUAUUUUUGAAUAACAAAUUAAGGUCAUUAGCGCCUCAACCAUGGUAUGUUCCUGCUGAUGCUGUUUCCAUCAGUCUGGUGGAAAAAGUUCUCAGCUCUUUUGGAAAUCCUUGUCCUAGGGUAGAUGGUGCCUACAGUGAAAAAGUUGAGGCUCAGACCUGAUUUAAAUGCAGUCUGUCUUGCAGUGUAGAUGGGAAUGUAGUGUUCCAGUUCUGUCCUUAGAUCCCAUGCCUUGAGCUCAUGCUAAUUUUAGAGAUGUUAUGAAGUAUUUUCACAGUGUGAUUUCAGUCAGCUUCUCUGCUCCACAGAACUUCCUCGGGCAUCAGUAGUGGUCUGGAUCACUUUCAUAUUGCCUUAUUUACUGAGCACUUUUGAAAGCAUCAGACAGCUGUACCAAAAGCCAAGUUACGAAUUCCUGGAGCUAUGUUUCUGGGUGGCAGUCGGAUUUCCCUUCUGCUGGAGUAUUUUGUGGUAGCACACUGGGUCUGUCUUCUGCAAAACAGCUAUCAACCAGAGCUGUCUAACUUCUCCACCUAAACACUGCCUAAUGUAUUGAGCAGUGCUUUUCUGGGGAGGCCCGGUGUCGUCCAAAGAUGAUGUCCCCAUCUCCUUGUCGGCAUCUUCUACACAAGAUGCCAUCUCCCAAAUGGUAUUCUGCCAUCAGUGCUUCGUAGGAAGCCUGGUCUGAUGGGAUAGAUUUGAGAGCAGAAUGCAUCUCACAGCUUUGGAGGACUUUCCCUCCUUAUUUUCCCAUCAGUCAGGUGUGAACCUGCCUGGAAAUCUGUCUUGCUGCUGUAAAUGUUGAGCCAGACUGCGGUAACCCUUGUGCUCAGAUAGGUUACGGUAUUAACAAGCAGGUUAAUGUUAGCCUUCUACUAGCACAAGUCUGUGCAUUGCUAAAACUAACCCCUGCACGCGUUUGCUGUCUGCCCUGAGUUUCUCUCCCUUCCCCACUCAGGACAGGGUGCCAGCAGCGGUCUCCGGUUUGCAGCCGGUAACAAGGUGGUGAGGCUGGCUCAUGCUCCUCCAGGAACGGCUGCAGCUGAGCUGCAAUCACUCCUGAAGUAUUUGAGACUCUGCCUCAGGUUAGACACUGUGCGGGUGAGUGCGAGGAGCUGGUGCCCUGUUCUUGGCAUCCUGCCACUGUUUUCUCUCCCGCUUUCCCGACGAGGUCGUUCUUUCUACCUCUUGUCAUAUUACUCGCCUGUCUGAAUCCCUCUCUCCCUCUCUAACAGCUUGCUUCUCUCCUUCUCCCUCGCUUCAGCAAAUCAGAUGUACUUUUUGGCAGGAACACGAGCCACUGCUCUGUCCAGUUCAGGCCACUUCAGCUCUGCCUAGUUUUUGUCUGGGUUUCUUUCCUAGAAUAAAUAGCGAGGGUUAGGCAGCGAGUGUUUUCAAAGCUGCUUUCUGCUCCUUUUUUGAAGCGUUAGCAAAGCUGCUUUCUCCUCCUUGUGCCUCUAGCCUCAGGGCAGGGUAGAGGGAAGGCUGAGGGUAUGGAGCCAGUUCUCUGAUGCCUAAGGGGACCCGUUUUGUCCUGUGGAGGUAUCCCAACGUUUGGUCUGCGCUAUAGGAGCGAGGCCAUUCCCACCCUCAGCAGGGAUUUCCCCUCCACAUGCACGCUGUGGCACCGGCAAGAGUUUGGCAGAACCGCCAGCUCGCCUGUUCCCGUCCCGCUGGAAAACCUGGCUUGGGGGACACUGGUGUGCAGAAACUACCUGUUGCUUAAUGGUGGUGUUAACCCUUUGGUCUUGGGGGUUAGAGUAACCUGAUGAAACGUGCUGUACCUUUUGCUUGGCAAAGCGAUGCCCAUCAUCUGCCUCGUGUCUUGCUAGAUCGGGGCAGGCAAUCGGGCAUGUUUUAUAACGCCAUUAUUCUGUUGCCUGGAGUAUGAUGUUUAGACAUCUGUAUUCACGCAAGUGGGUCAGAAGUCCUGAUGCAAAU